UGUCCGUCAAGUGUCACAGCCGUUGCUCGUCUCCUCAGUAUUGUAACUUAAAUCGGUGAUUUAAUUAGGAAUAUCGUAUUUUUUUCUAGAAUUUGUGAAACUUUAAGCAAUAAUGACCGACAAGAAAGCAUACCCGGUGACACCUCAUCCACCAACAGGUUUUGUCCCUGCCCCGGCACAGCCUGCUACCUACGGUGGUACACUUGCAGGUGCCGCACCGUAUGGAGUCUUUCCUAAUCAGCCUCAGCUCUAUGCAGCCCAGGGCCCGCCACCGCCGACAUAUGAUCAGACUCUUACACAUCCUAUGAUGUAUCAGCCAAUGUAUGGUCAAGGAUACCCUGGAUACUUGGCUGGUUCAUGUUAUCCUGCAUACGGGCCACUGCAAUAUUAUCCACCGUUAACUGCAGCUGCAGCGUAUUAUCCUGCAGCAGCAAUGCAGCCUCCAGUUAGGCCCCCUACGCUUGUGAUGCCUAAUGGGUUCGACGCUACUAAUCGAUUCGAUAGUAUCUCACAACCCGUCUUGCCACCACCCCCAACAGUUCCAAAUGCCGCCCAAUUAGCUGCAAUGGCGAGCCACAGCGUGGCUAUAUCGCAAAAGAAAAAUUUCCUAGGAGGAGGAACAGAGGGCGGUUACACCUUUUGGUAAACCCAUUAAUACCUUUUGUGAAACACUAAGUCUAACAAAGGCAUAUUGUUGUCGAGAUGAUCCAUGUAGGCAAAUCUGAUUUUUGUGUUAGAGUUCUACUAUUUUUUACAUUCGGAGCAGCUAAUAUUUGAAUUAGUAUUAAUUUCGUGCGCGGACCGAUCGUGAAGCGGAACCAAUCUCCGGAGAGGUUAUCGUGAACGGCGAUUCUGUUCUUUCGAUGAAAAUUUCAAUUUCAGUGAACGUACAAACAGACGAGAAACGUAUUCAGACGAAGUAAACGUGCGAUUGUCUUUUCUUUUUAAGAUCUUAACGAUCGGUCGGCGCUUCGAACAUACUAUGAAAAUUUGAUAAGAGAACCAUUAAGAAGGGAAGACUCGUGCAACGCUUGUCACAUACGGAUUUAAAGAAAAAAAAACAAAAGAAAGAAAAAUAGCUACUUUAAAUUAACUUGAUGAAGACCAGAAGUAUAUUUUAUAAAAGAUGCGUGGAAGUUUGAAUUAAGAGCCGGCGUGUUUGAUUGAAAAAGAAAAAUACGUCAUGGUCUUGGCGAUGACUUCACGAGAACGAUCGAGCGAUACAGUGAAUCUAUUUCUGACGUACUUAAAAUAGAAUCUAAGAAAAUUAUUAUUGGAAAACAAAAGAAGAAAAAAUAACGUUUUAAAUUGUACGACUGCCAAUGUAAUCACAUCUUAAGACAGUGUAAUUCAAUCAAGUUAUUCGAAUCAUCCCCCUCCCUCCCCAAAGUACGUUUUGCUCGAUCCUUCUGCAUUUAACGUUCUAUUCCGAAACGCACGAGAUGUUCCAUGUUUUUUUUUUAUUAUUAUUAAUUUAAUAAAGGGGUUGUUGAACGCGAGCGAGAGUAGGGAACACGGUAUUGUUCUUAUUUUUAGAGUUAACGGGUGAAUAUGUGCACCAGUGGAUGAUACGAGUUGUCUCAUUCGCCUACAGGGAUCGAUAUUCAAAGUGUGUUCUAAGCCUUUUUUAAGCGCGACUUGGUUUUCUGCAAGGCAGACCGAAGAGCAAAAGGGGCUGCUCGUGUUAUUUCUGUUACUUUUUACACGACUACCGUUCUAGUUUUUUCUUCAAGAUUCUUUUUCCCACUGCUGGUUCUUCGCCAGCAAGCAGUCUUUAUUUGUCCAAAGUAAAACCGUUUACUUUGCGAGAAACAACAACAAAAAAAGAAUAUAAAAACGAUCAUUAUGGGUAGCCCUAACGUUUAGAAAAGAAAAGAAUUAUGUACGUGAUAGGAGCCCGAUGAAUGCGUGAGAGUCAUUCGUGGUUGUAGGAAGCUAAACGACACGCAUUGUAUUUCGAAUUCGACGAACAGCCGAUAUAAUAUACGAAUUAACAUCGAAUGUUUCAAGUCUUACGAAGAAAAAUCCCUGUGUUGUUUUUAUUCUGCAUGUACGAAUAUGAUUGUAGAUGGGACACCUUCUCACAAGGUGUCUCUUUCCAUUUCUUGCGACUCGAAAGGGUAAUACAAACAUGAUGAUGUAUUCGAGGCUCCGGAGUGCCAAAAAGAGUGAAAGAAAAAGAACAACAAAAUUUGCCGAAUCACCGAAGAUUCUCACGUAUUCGACGACUUCGAAGAUACUUACUACUCUAUCUAAAAGAAAAACGAUAAGAAAAGAAAAAAGAAAAAGUACGCACUCUCUUCUUUAACGAUCAGUAGUUUUUUCUCCUAGUUGUUUGAUGUUUCAUUUUUAAACGCAGAUUAGCUAGGUCGGCUAAACAAAGUUAUUAUUUAAUUGAAAAAUGAAAGGCUUGCCCGCGCCGCUCGAAUUCCUUCAAGCAGGUUACAAUUGCGCUUUGAUUGAAACAGUUACCAUGUGGCGUCACCAAAUAAGGACACAAUCAUCGCUUCCCCUAGCUUUCUAGUUAGCCCACGUGCGCAUUCGAUUUUUGUAACAUCCAAGAGAAAGAGGGUACUCUCCUCUCCACGAAUACUCGAAGAUUUGUUUUUACUGAAACGGCUUAGCGACUGUAUGGCAACUGGUUUCGACCGAAGCUCGCGAAGGAAACAAAUAGUUGACUCAAUUUCAAAGUACAAAUCGAAUAUCCAUGUAAGUAGAGGAUGAAUUCGCGACGACGCGGCCAAGCCUUAUCGCCAGCCAUAUUAGGCGAGUUGCAAUGAUGACACGGUAAGCAACGCAGCGCGGGUUCGUAAACAGCCAUAAUUUAGAAUACAAUGCUUA